GCGCAGGGACGUAACAUACCUUAAUCAUGUCCACAUGACCUAAAUUAAUAUAACAGCACUGCCCAAUACAUGAUGACCCAUAUGCGAACUAAUCAAUAGUGAACUCAGAUCGCCCGGCGCCGCCCCGUUGCCGGCUCCGCGACUGCGCGACGGAAGUGUGUACUGUGUGUUUUAUCUAGAAGCUUAUCGACGCGGUUUCGGAAGCUGUACGACGUUAAAUAUUUUAUUACACUGCUGAUUCAGCCAUCGCAAGGCGUUCAUAAUUUUAUUAGUUUCGGGAGUCCGGACUCAUUCUCCGAAGUCCAUUGAACCCGGUCGCCGAUGCAUCUUGGAAAAUGACUGUAAUACUGCAAUUAUUUUUCCUUUAUCUAUUAUUUGCAAGAAAAACUGAGGCAAAUUCAGAAGAACCUGCUGUGAAGGUGUUCACAGUAGCCACAGAAGACACCCAUGGAUUGCAAAGAUUCCUGCGUUCUACUAAAAUGCAUGGCAUUGAUGUUGAGAUUUUGGGCAUGGGGCAAAAGUGGGAUGGCGGUAAUAUGAAAAACCCAGGUGGUGGUCAGAAAGUCAAGCUUUUGAAGCAGAAAAUCUUAUCUAUGCAAAAAUUACCAGACCGGGAGCAAAUUAUAAUUUUUACUGACAGCUACGACGUUAUGUACCUCGCGGACUUGAAUGUCAUCGUGGACAAAUUCAAGAGUAUGGAUGUGCGCGUGUUGUUUGCCGCCGAGCCGUUUUGCUGGCCAGAUGCAAGUCUGGCAAAGAAGUAUCCUAACACUACUGUGACAAACCCAUAUCUCAACUCCGGUGGAAUUAUAGGUUACUUGCCGGAACUGAAGAAAAUAUUGAACAUGAAAGAGAUUGCCAAUCGUGACGAUGACCAGCUGUUCUUCACCGAAGCUUAUUUGAAUGAAGAUCUUAGGCUUACCUAUCAUCUUGCUCUAGAUCACAAAUCCGAAAUAUUUCAGAACCUACACGGUGCAUUGUCGGACAUAAAGCUAAUAACAAAUUCAACUACGGAAUGCCCAUAUUUAGUAAAUCUGUUGAACAACGCACGACCUCUUAUCGUCCACGGCAAUGGACCUUCCAAAAUAACUUUAAACCAUUUCUCCAACUACUUGAAUCACGCCUGGUCAGUUACUGACGGAUGCACACUGUGUGAGGAAAAACGGAUUGAGCUCAACGAGGAUAAAUUACCGACCGUUAUGAUAGCGGUGUUCGUUGAACAAACAACACCUUUCAUGGAGGAAUUCCUGCAACAACUCGUCGAUAUAGACUAUCCUAAAAACAAAAUACAUUUUUACCUACACAACAGUGUAGAAUAUCACGGGACAGAUAUUGAUGACUUCUUCCGGGCACAUUCUGUUGAUUAUCUCAGUGCUAAAUGCAUCAAACCCUCAGAUUUCAUUUCUGAAGGAGAAGCUAGAAACAUUGCAAAGGGCCGGUGUGUCAAUACCGAAUGCGACUACCUGCUUUCAAUAGACAGUCUUUCCCGCGUGGAUCCAUCAACACUGCGCUACCUGAUCACCACUGGUUACGAUGUUGUCGCACCACUGCUUUUACGGACGGGACAAUCAUGGUCAAACUUCUGGGGCGCCAUCAACUCUGCCGGCUAUUACGCGCGAUCGACUGACUACAUGGACAUUGUCAACCGGAAAAUCAUCGGAAUCUGGAAUGUUCCAUUCAUUGCAAAUAUAUACUUGAUAAACAUGGAGCUAUUCCGCAAGGAGUCACUAAAGGAGGUUUCUUACUUGAAGGACGAACUUGAUGCAGAUAUGGCUUUCUGCAGUGAACUUCGUGACCAUGGCGUAAUGAUGCAUGUGAGCAAUGAGAAAGUGCUCGGCCAUCUUAUAAACCCGGAGAGCUAUGACGUCAGCCGCAAAAACCCGGAUAUCUACCAGGUUAUGGAUAAUCAGGAGGAUUGGGAGCAACGCUAUUUACACGCGGAGUAUUUUGACAGCUUUGAUGACGGACGCAAUCAUUCUAUGCCAUGCCCAGAUGUUUAUUGGUUCCCUAUGGUGACACUGCGGUUCUGCAAGGAAUGGAUCGAGAUUAUGGAAGCAUUCGGACAAUGGAGUGAUGGAUCUAAUCAGGAUAAGCGACUCGAAAGCGGGUACGAAGCUGUACCCACUAGGGACAUUCACAUGAGCCAAGUAGGCUUGGAUAAGCAAUGGCUUUAUAUUUUGAAGAGCUAUGUUCGACCUCUACAAGAACGGGUGUUCAUCGGAUAUUAUCACAAUCCUCCGGUGUCACUCAUGAACUUCGUCGUUCGCUAUCGCCCUGACGAGCAGCCCUCACUGAGACCGCAUCACGACUCCUCAACUUACACUAUCAACCUCGCACUGAAUACCCCAAACGUAGAUUAUGAAGGCGGUGGAUGUCAUUUCAUUCGCUACAAUUGCUCGGUAAAGAAUACCAAACCCGGGUGGCUGCUUAUGCAUCCCGGCCGCUUGACACAUUUCCAUGAAGGUCUUCGAGUCACCAACGGCACACGAUACAUAAUGAUCUCCUUCGUAGAUCCAUAAACGUGUUUUGUAAGCCUUUGCUGCAAGACAUUACCGCGCGAUAUUAUGUGUACAAUUAACAUAAGAAACUCACUAAAAUAUUCAAAUCAAUCCGCAGUUAUUGUGGUUUGUUAAAACUUAGAGCCCGCACUGUGAAAAUUGUUCAAGUAGUUGUAAUUCUCACAAUUUAUGUUAAUUUCAUCAAUGGAUUUAAAAUGGACAUUAUAUUAUAUUCUGACGUAUUUUGUUUUGCACAACUUGUUUUACCCAUUUUUACCAUUAGAAUUUUGAAUUACAUAUACGCGGAUUUUUUCGCAAAGUGGGAUGUCUCUUAGUCACAUUAUGUAUUGAUUAUGAAUUACAAAAUAAUUUGGAUAAUUCAUAUUUCUAGGUUAUGACCAACAUUUCCUUCCAAAACGCAGUUUUACUUGUUAAUAAACUUUAAGCAUGUAUAAUAUAUUUUAAGUAUGCCCUCAAACGGUAAUUAUUUUAUUAAAUAUUAGUUUAAUACUAAUAGUAUUAAGUAUGUUAUAAUAUAAGUUUUAUAUUGCAAAUUUUACAAACUCCUAUAAAAUAAUGAUUGCUUGAUUUAAAUUGAAAUGUAUAUUUAAAAAUUCAUU